CAGUGAGUCACGCGCACGAUUGCGGUAGGGCGUGCAGCGGUAGCUACGAUAACGACGGCGACGGGCAACAGCGGCGCUCCACCGGUAGCGGCUGUGGCGGCGACGGCGACGACGACGACGACGACGACUACGGAUUUGUUUUGCCUAGUUUUUUUCCCACCGUCCUUCGUCGGUUAAUACGAUCGUAACGAUCAACGAGCGCAGACUAACCGCAACACUAAUCCAUAAUAAUACAUAGUACAAACAUAUUAUUUUAUAAUACACACGUCGAUUGUCUGCUCGCGAUGACCAGCGUUUCAGAAAUACUGUCGUACGACAAGUCGUCGGCCCAAGACGACUACUACCAAAUGUUGGGAUGUGACCAGACGUCUACGGUGGAACAAAUAAGCGCGGAAUUCAAAAUAAGAGCUCUUAAGUAUCAUCCGGAUAAAAACUCCGGUGACAAGAAGGCGGAAGAAACGUUCCAGAAACUUAAUGAAGCUAAAGAAACGCUGUGCGAUCCGGAAAAGCGGGCAACUUACGACAAAUGGAAGAACAGCGGCGUGGCCGUUAGCUAUAAAACGUGGCUGAGCAACAAAGAACAUUUCCAACAAUCUAUGCACUGGGCACAAAUGAACACUAAAGACAGAAUGCUUCCGGAAGGCGGUGAAGGGGCUUCGUCUUCAAUGGCGUCCAGGAGAGCAUCUGAAGGUGGGGUGAACUUGGGAGCUAACAAAGUAAAAUGGGACGCAAAAUCUAAUGCAGAUAUUAUCAACAAGUUUCGCAAUUACGAGAUAUAAGUAGCGUAGAUAUUGUCUAUAUAAAAAAAAAAAACAUUCCUUCAUCGAAUAAAAUAUACUUUUAACAUGAUAUAAUAUAAAUUCAUAUAAUUUGUACUUAUAUAAUGUUACAUACCUACAUAAUAUUAUACUGACUCUUAUAAAACACUUCUUUACCCGAGGGCCUGAGAAGCAAAACACGGUAAAUAAUAAUUAUAAUUGCACCUUAAAAUCAACAAUAUUACUAUUAUUAUUUGAUUACGCUUACUUCUAAAAGGGUAUAAAAUGAAACUUUUUAGGGUAAAUAAGAGUGAAUUUUCUUCUCAGACCUUCGAAUUAAUUGGAUCUUCAAGAAUUUCUCUUGUAGUUAUUUCCAAACAUAAUAAUAUUCAACUAUUGUCUAGUCAUUAAACAGUAAAUGAUACUUAACGUUCACAGUUAAUUGAAUGCUAUUUUGAGUCAAGUAGAUUAUGUUACUCAAAUCUAAUUAAUGUAGUUUGAUAUCACUAUAUCAGUCUUGCAAAACACAAAUUAAUUGUAACAUCGUGCAAUUCUAUGUUUCGAAGAUGUAAUAUUAAUAGGUAUUAUAAUUUAUAAUAUGAUAUGUGUUAUUCUGUUAUUAUAAAGUUAGUGUAUUUCUAAAACAAUUAGCUAAGACACAGUAUAAUAUUUAUAGUAUCGUGUUCAAGUUUGUUGUAUUAUUACAUUACCUAUAACGAUUACAAACCGUACCUACCUAUAUUUUAUAAGUUAUCGGUGGUCAUUCUUGUGGACCACGCCGAUGUAGCUACGACCUCGUAUAUUACUAUUUAUUACGUUUACCUAUUUAUUAUAUUAUAAUACUAUACUUAGUAUAUUAAUAUACUUGACUGUAUUGCCAUUUCGGUGAGAUAUUGUUUCUCAAAUUUGUAAAAAUAAAAAUAUACAUAUUAUGAAUACAAUA